GAAUUUUUUUUUUUUAUUUUAAUUUCCAACCUUGCUAAACAAUAGAAACAACUUGUCGUUUUAUGUUUGUGUAAUUGAAGUAAGAAGUUUGAAGGAAAUAGGUCAUGUAUAUUCCUAUCCCAUCACCCUAGGAAAGUGAAAGUGAAAUAAAUAUGUUGCUACAGGCUAAUAGCCUACAACCCUAUUACUAAUUAGCUAUAAAAUAAAAUAAUUGUCGCUCUAAGAUAAUGCUUUGAAAAUGGAACCUUAGUGAAUGUAAAUGCCAAUGAGAUCGAAAUCUUCAGCAGCCUAGCUAGUUGUGUAAGCAAGAGAAGGGAAAGAAAGGAAAGAAAAAACUAAACAGACUGGUAGAUGGAUACGUAAUUGUGAGCUUGAAAUUCAUUAAAGUUGGUGAUUGGUUUUGUGCAAAGUAUUUGGAACAGAUCUGACUUGUACAAUUUGUUUAGAACAUGAGCAAUGUUGGUGGAGUUGAUCUUGUCUCCAUUCGUAUUGAUAAAAAGCUUGCUGAUUUUACUCCAAAUGAUCCGGAGUGUUGUAUAUUUAGAGUGCAUACCCAGUUACGCAAGGUAAAUGAGAAAGCAUACGAACCUAAACUGCUUGCCAUUGGUCCUUACCACCAUGGCAAGGAUGAGUUGAAGCAGAGGGAAUAUCACAAAUUGCUGUAUUUACAACAACUUCUUCGAAGGAGAAACGAAAGCAGUGUGGAAAGAUACAUUAAAGCCAUGAGAGAAUUGGAAGGAAAAGCUCGUAGAUUCUAUGAAGAACCCAUUAGCCUAACCACGGAUGAGUUUGUAGAAAUGAUGCUUCUUGAUGGGUGUUUCAUCAUUGAGUUGUUUCGCAAGUGGGAAAAGGAGGAGCUAAGAGAUGAAUGUGACCCAAUCUUCCAAUUGGGUUGGAUACCCUAUAGCUUAUUGCGUGAUGUACUGCUAUUCGAAAACCAACUUCCAUUCUUUGUUCUCACUAAAUUGUUCGAGAUGACUCAGGUUCCCAACCAGGAGAACAACCUUAUUUCUAAUUUCAUAAUCGCUUUCAGAAUUUUAAUAUUACCAAGGAGAGGCCAAACAGAAUCAAUUGAUGAAUCGCUCCAAAACACUGGGCAUCUAUUUGUUUUGGCCCCUUACAUUAGGAAUCAAGUAGAUUCCCAAAACAUUGGGCAUCUACUUGCUUUGGCACAUAAAUCUGUCACUACUCCACCACAUGUAGAAAUCAGUACAGGUGGGAAUGAUGUAGAUGAGGAAGAUUGGAAGUCGAUACCUUGUGCCACAGAGCUUAAGGAGGCUGGAGUCAAAUUCAAAUAUAAAUUCAAAGAAGUUUAA